CAUUUUAAUUUAUGAUUUUAACCUUUAAAGUACAUUUAAAUAGGGUUUAAAUGAAUGUGAAAUACAACCAAAAUUAAGGCAACAAGCUAGAUAACAAGUAGUUUUAAAACUUAUUGUAAAGAAUGGCCAAACUUAUUAGAAAUAAUGCAUUGUUUGCGAAAUACUUGUUUGCAGAUAAUAAAAGAACACGCUCCACCUCAAUGCUUUAUCCACACAACGACAAAUCUUAAUAAAUGCCAAGCUGGUAGAUAUCGAAUAUCACUUAGAAAAGAUUUCCCUUUAACCUACGAAAUGGCAAAUCCACCUCAUCAAAUAGCACAUCGAAAAGCAUGGAACUCAUGGAAUACAUCAAAUGUAGAUGGGGGCGUACGUCCUGCUGAAACUGCAGUUGAAGAUUUGUUCAUUAGAAAAUUUAUUACAGGAACUUGGCAUAAUCUAUUUGUUAGUGAAGUAAUAAUUAAAAGACAACACAAUAUUAUUCGUAUUGCAGGAAUAGUUCACCAACAAGCAAAUGCUAGACAAAUGUAUUUUCUGAUUGGUUAUUGUGAGGAACUUCUUAGCUAUUGGUUGCAGUGUCUUGUUAAAAUGGAACUUCAAACUGUACAGGAUAAACGUGAUGUAGUGUUUAAAUAUAUUUAAAAUGUCUUUACUAUUUUACACUGAUCUAUAUUGAUUAUAGUUUAAUGUAGCUAGUUAUAAAAGUGUUUAUGUGAGAAAUUGAUUGGUAAAAUAAUUUAUUUGAAAACCUACAGAUAAGAAAAAACUUAAAACUGCAUGAAAAGUUUUGUUUUGCUGUGAAAAUUGAAUAAAAAUUCAAGUUUGUAAUGCACAGUCAAAAUUUGACCACUUGUGCCACUUUAUCUUUAUCCCUUUUUAAAAUAAAUAAAAAAGGCGUUGGUUUUACUUAAAAGGUC